GUCUCAAUUUGAUUGUCGUGCAACAUUAAGAGCAAUCGACUAAAACGCAGUUUGCUUUCACGGAAGCUUUGGGUAGGUGUUGAGCUUUGUUUAUAACAAACCAUUUCUGUCAACGACACAUAACAUGAACAAUAAGUGAAAGGAAUACGAAAAGAGAAGAUUGCACAGAAAUUCAACUCAGUAGAACUGCUUCAGGUAGCAAAGCUAAGGCGGAAGAAACAAAUCUCUUCCAAAUAAGUAUACUGCUGCACUCUUACGUAUUAUAAAUACUUAGAUGUUAAUGAUGGUUCGUUUACGUGUAGUCGAACGAAAAAGAAACAAAUUAUGGCAACAUCUAACCAUAAAUCGCUUAGUAUGAGCUCGGGGAUGGAUGGUCAAUGAAAGCGAAAGUAGGAAUGGGUGAUUAUUGUCACGCAUCUACGAGACAGAUCAAUCAUGAGGUAGUACUCUCCAGAGUUUAUAGGUCAGGCGGUUGAUAGACAGCAUAGUCCAGAUCAGUGCUGUUUUUAAUUUUAAACUACAUAGUUCCGGGAGCAAUGCUGACACUCAGUUUGAGCUGCGUAGAACCUGCAUGAAAUCCGCAAUCGAAAGAUCUCACGCUAGCGUCUGCUUGCAUCAUGAUUUGGUUUUCGCAAGCGGCCAACUGAAAAAUCAUUUGUUAAACAAAAGAUCUCGUUGACCUUAAAUGAUAGGAAUUAGUGAUUAAUACAAAGUUGCAUUUAAUUCAGCAAGACUCUUUUGUAUUUCCAUCGACAUAUCACUGAUGUUUUAAAUUUAAUCAAAUUAAUUCGGAUUUUGAAGUGACACACAACCAGUGACGAGUCCGAUCCUUGACGAGCCAGGAUUAGAACACAACAGUGUAAAUAAUUUAUUCUGGCUACGUACAAGAAGAGUCAGGCCAGUUUUUUUCAUUAAGGAUAAUUCAUAUAUCUUUUGUUACUUUAAUUUUUAUGAUUUCUUAUAUAAUGCCCCAUUCACACCAAAGCUUAAACAUGUUUAAAAGUUGUUUUGUUAAACACAGUUUAAUUUUUUUUUCUUCAUAGAAACUAUUUAACUGAAUAUUUUUUUGAAUGUGCACAUUAUUUUCAAGUACUUGAAUCCAAUUGUUUUUCAGUUCUCUGUUUUAAUUAAUUCAAUGGAGUUUAACAAAACAUGUUGAAUAAAUAAGUCCUUGCAACUGUUUGUGGUGUUAUUUUCUUUGUUGUUGCUGUUUUUUAAUUGGAUGUCAGUUGUAAAUGCCUCAGGAAGUUAGGCACAACUUUGUUUGAGCUUUAAUUAACUUUAAAGUGCAAAUUGUUCAAUGUUUACUCUUUGUUUACGAUUCACAGGUAUCAUGGCUGGAGAUGAGGACAAUCCUUCACUGAUACCAGACGACAGACCACGAAUAAUAUGGAAGCACUCUUCCCUCCGUUGGAAUCUCAAAAUGUCAUACUCAUUUUUCUUACUUGCUGAAAUAGCUGCUGUUGGUUUUUAUAUUUACGAAUAUUGGAAAAUUGUUUCACCUAUUUUCACAUCUAAAAAUGCAACUCAAGGGCCAGUUAAUGAUGGAAAAAGAAAUACUUCUGAAGAUCAACUAGAGGAUGUUUCCUAUUUAAGCAUGACAAAGACAUAUUCCAUAACACUAAUGACCUUGAAUUCUCUUGACACCUUGAAUUGUUGGAUUUUUCUCGGAGUGAUAGUUACUUCACCGCUCUUUAUAGGCUGCUUCACAAUGAUGAAAAAUCUGAGUCGUUUACCAAGAUUCUGGACCUUGUUGUUUUGUUUUUUUCUCACCCUCUCAGGUAACAUUAUUGAAAUUUUUUCCCCUUUUGUCUUCAUGUACAGCUUUCCAUUAACUACUGCACUUAGCGUUACGUUUGUUAUAAGUGCUUUGUCACAGACGAUCAUGCUGGGAGCACUUAAUCAGACGAAAAUUUGUGACCUUGUACAAGGUUAAACAUCGACAUUUAAGGGAGCUCUGACUGUCUUUUUUGUUCGAUUGCUUGCUAAUCUGAUUGUUACAACAUUUCAUCUCACUGUAAUUUUAUGUUUGCUUGCUGGCGCAAAGGAAAGAUUUCCGAAGGAGAAAGGUGCUAUUACAAACAGUGUCAGUAUGUUUCUGUACCUACCAUUCUACAAAAUGGGGACUGGACUCCUUUGGAGCAAAAUACUCCGUGAUGAUGGGCACAUCUUUGGCAGAAUUUAGGAUACUGACGUAGCUGGUGAUGGUAGACCGCCGAUAAGCGGUUUAAUUUCAUUGCAACCCCUGGUUAAACCGUAAUGGCCUUCAGGAUGUCUAGUCAGGAAGAAAGGCUGAACAUAGAUUGUUUGUAUAGUCUUUGUAUAACCUAUGAAGAUGUAAACCACAACAUUUAUACAAAUUGUAAUCCCUCCAUGGGAGUCUGUUUUUUUAUAUUGACAUUUCAGCAAAAUAGCAACGCUUCAGGUCAAAUUGUCUGCCUUUCAACAACGAGAGGGUAUUUGAUAUUUUGUUAGUGACGUUUUUGACCACAUUAGAUUAAUCUUUGCCGUCUUGUGACAGUUGUGGUUACGGUUUUCUACACACAGUCGACCUUUCUUUCGUGCAGACAUCAGUUUUCAUGAGCGACAAAAUAUCAUAAAUAUCUGCCGAGGAGUUGAUCUAAGUGCAAGCAACUUAUACUUCUUAGUUUUCGCGAUAUGCCGCAAUAAGUUGCCUGCCCUGGAGCAGCAUUAAAGAACUAGAG